CAUCUUUGAGGAAUCUUUUAGGAAUUAUUUGACAUAUCCAUGUGUACGAUAACCUCACUUUUUAAUAAAUUGUUUCACGUGCGCAUUAAUUUAUAAAUAUGGGUAGAAAAGCGAAAUUUGAUGAAACCGUGAUUGUAAAGAAAGGUCCGGGAAGGAAGUCGAAAAAGCAAAAACCACCGACGUUUAGUAAAGAACUACAAGAACCAAAAGAUGAAACGAAAAAGUUAAGUAGGAACCAAAAACUGCGUCAAAGAAAGCGUUUAGAAAAGCAGGAAUUAGCGAGAGAACAACGCAAAAAUAACAAAAAAAUUAAUCAAAAACCUAAACAAAAAAUUAAAAAGAAAUACAACAGCGAUGAUGAUGAUGAUUCAGAAAACUCUUCUGAUGAUGAAGAAAUUGUUCAAGAAAAAAUUAAAGGAUACAGUGAUGAUAAUAAAGAAUGGCUCCAACCAAAAUCAAGGGAUAAAAAAAGAAAUCAGAUUGGAAAGAAAAUUAAUGGACAUCAAAAUGGUGAUUUAGAAUCAAAAAGUGAUGAUGAUGAUGAUGAAGUAAAGUUAGAGUCAUUAAAUGAUAUGUCUGAUGAUGAAGUUGAGGAUGAUUUUGAUGAAAAUAUAUCUGAAGAUGAUCAAGUUUCUGAUGAAGAUCUUUUACCAAUUGAAAAACAAACAAAAAUUCUUAAAAAGAAAUUAAAAAAAGAACAAAAAUUAGCUGAAGAAGAACUUCAAUUAAACAUAGGCAACCAAGAUAUAUUCCAAUUUCCCACUGAAGAAGAAGAGAAAGAAACCAAAAAUUUGCAAGAUAUCCAACAAAGAAUGAAAGACAUCAUCACAGUUUUAUCAGAUUUUAAUAAACUUAGAGAUUCCAAACAUCCAAGAGCUGAAUACAUAACACUAUUAAAAAAAGAUUUGUGCUCAUAUUUUAGUUAUAACGAUUUUUUAAUGGAAAAAUUAAUGCAAUUAUUUCCCUUAACUGAAUUAUUAGAAUUUUUAGAAGCAAGCGAAGUCCAACGACCAUUAACCGUGCGUACAAAUAGCUUAAAAGCUCGCCGUCGUGAUUUAGCUCAAGCUCUAAUUAAUAGAGGGGUUAAUUUAGAUCCAAUUGGGAAGUGGUCAAAAGUUGGUUUGGUCAUUUAUUCGAGUCAAGUUCCUAUAGGAGCCACCCCAGAGUAUUUAGCUGGUCAUUAUAUGAUUCAAGGAGCUUCUAGUUUUCUACCUGUAAUGGCUUUAGCCCCACAAGAAAAUGAAAGAAUUUUAGAUAUGUGUGCAGCCCCUGGUGGGAAAGCAUCCCAUAUUGCGGCUAUUAUGAAAAAUACCGGCGUUUUAUUUGCAAAUGAUGUUAAUCCGGAUCGUAUUAAAGCUGUUGUUGGCAAUUUUCAUAGGUUAGGUGUUAUAAAUUCCGUCGUUACUUCAGUGGAUGGGCGAAAAUACCCGAAACUUUUGAAAGGAUUCGACAGAGUUUUAUUAGACGCACCUUGUACAGGUACAGGGGUUAUUGGAAAAGACCCCAGCGUAAAAACGAGCCGAGAUGAAACCGAUAUACAGCGAUGUUUCACGUUGCAACGCGAAUUAUUAUUAGCUGCAAUUGAUUGUGUUAAUGCUAAAUCAUCAAGCGGGGGUUACAUCGUUUAUUCGACUUGUUCUAUUUUACCAGAAGAGAACGAAGCUGUUAUUGACUAUGCUUUGAAAAAGCGUAACGUUAAAUUAGUUGAUACAGGGUUGGAAUUUGGUAGUGAAGGAUUUACUAAUUAUCGCCAAUAUAGAUUUCAUCCCACUGUUAAAUUAACCAAAAGAUUUUAUCCACAUUCUCAUAACAUGGAUGGGUUUUAUGUUGCUAAAUUAAAGAAGUUUUCAAAUGAUAUUCCACAAAUUCGAGAUGAUGAAGAAGUAGAUCUCAAUGAUAAUGAUGAUGAUGAAAUUGAAGAAGAAACUGUUAAGACAGAGAAGAAAAAGAGUUCAGAUUCCAAGAAAACCAAGAUUUCAACCAAACAAAACGAUUUAAAGGAGCCCCCAAAAAAGAAGAUUAAACAUUCAUCUCAAUCUGAGAAAGUAAAUCAAUUAGAUACUUCAUCUGAAAAACUAGAAAAUAAAAAUUUGAAAAAACGGUUAAGUAAGAAAUCAAUUUCUCCUCAAAAAACUGUUUCAAAAGAAAUAAAAAAUUCUACUCCCACAAAAUCUGGUAGUCCCACUAAAAUGAAGGAAAUAAAGAAAGUAUCUCCUAAAAAAAUCGAAGAAAGUAUUUCGCCGAAAAAAUCCCCAAAAGUCAUGAAGAAAGAAAAACAAGUUACAAAUUUGAAGGAAACGAAAUUAAGUAAAAAUGCAAAAAUUAUGGAGUGGGACGAAGUUCCAUUAGAAGCGACUCUUAAAAUAAACAAAAAAUUGAAACAGGACAAGAAAAAGAAUAUUGGAGAAUUGAAAAAAAGUAAACUAAUUCGUGCUAAAAAAUUACGAUAAUUUUAUUUUUAUCUCUUAUUGUCUGUAACUAUUGUUUAAUAUAAUUUUUUUAUAGGAAAUAAACGAAAA